AUGGCACCACGAAGGACCGUUGAAGAGACAAGCGCUGAGGCUAGACGCCAAGAGGAAGAAGCUCAACGAAGGGCUGAGUUGGCGACUCUCAUAUCUCAACAAAUCAAUGCUGCCAUGCCAAACAUUGCCACUCAAAUCGCUGAGAACGUGACUGCUACCAUCAACUUGGCAAGAAGGCAAGAAGGUGGAGGAAACGCCACUGACCGAAAUGCUUACAAGACUUUUACGUCUUGCAACCCCAAAGAGUUCUAUGGGACGGAGGGUCCCGUUGGGUUACUUACUUGGUUUCAAAGCAUGGAGGCAAUCCUAAAUAUCAUUGAUUGUGCGCCAGCCGACCGCGUCAAGUUUGCGGCAAGUAAGCUCCAGGGGAGGGCACUCACAUGGUGGAACCUCCAAGUCACCACGAGGGGUGCCGCCACGAUGAAUGCUUUGACCUGGGAGCAGCUCAAGGAGGAAUUGAAAAGGGAGUAUUGCCCUAGACCUGCCGUCCAAAAGCUGGAAAUUGAGUUUUGGAACCAUGCCAUGAAAGGAAUGGAGUUAGAGACAUAUGCGAUUCGUUUUCACGAGUUGUGUGUGCUGGUACCUGAUAUGGUGACUACUGAAGCCAAGAAAGUUGAGAGGUAUAUUUACGGAUUGGUACCGGAAGUAAGAUUGAUGGUCACGGCAGCAAACCCCACCACACUGGAAGAAGCAAUAAGUUUGUCAACAAGAUUGGUUAAUGACUUGGUCAGGACUGGGAAAUACUCGCGAGGCGAGUCAAGUUCAAGGCAAGGAGGAGGAAGCCGAUUUGGUGAUCGUAAGGGGAAUGGGCCUGAUAAAAGGCAAAAGAUUGUAAGGAAUUAUGGAAUCACCAAUGGUGCGGCACAAAGAUGUAACCGAUGUGGCAACACCCAUCAGGGGGAAUGUAGGCUAUGCUCGAUUUGCCGCUCAUUUGGACACCUUGCUGCCACUUGCCGUAGGGGAACAAGAGUUGGAGGAACCGGGGAACUUGUCAUGAAUGUGGAAGCACGGAGCAUUGGAGGAAUGCUUGUCCUAGGUUGGGACGAGCUCAAGGCAAUCGAGGGAAUGGAAAUGGAAACCGUGGCAACUAUAGGAAUGUUGGAAAUCGUGGGAACCAAGCAAACCGAGGCAAUAAUGGGAAUCAAGUGA